CGGGUAUCGAUCUGACACAUAGCCUAUCCGGGGACGUGGUAGAUGGAGGGUGAGCAGGAUGGUAGACUGAAAGAAGUUGCGGGAGGGAUCCCGGAAGUGGCGCGUUUCAGCUCCUGAUAAUAAGGACCGGGCUUUGAGUGGAUGUGCAUCCGUGUGCAGGAGAGCCUGCUCAAGGGCUUCUUCCGUUUCCCUUGUUAGAUCCAGGCUGCCGAUGGCUAGGAACCCCUCUGAUGGCACAGGACCCAUGCAUGUGCCUUUUGGGCACGUUGUGGCCAACGAGAAAUGGCGCGGGUCGCAGCUGGCACAGGGGAUGCAAGGGAAAAUUAAACUCAUUUUUGAGGAUGACCUGACACCGGUAGAUUUUUACUUGUCCAGCAAAUCCUGUGUUCUUUAUAUCACUGAAGCUGAUUUAGUGGCCGGAAAUGGCUACAGAAAGAGGCUGGUUCGGGUUAGAAAUUCCAGUAAUCUUCAAGGGAUUGUAGUAGUUGAAAAAACGCAGAUGAGUGAACAAUACUUUCUGGCCGUACAGAAGUUUACUGUGCUGGACCUUGGGAUGGUGUUGCUUCCAGUGGCCAGCCAGAUGGAAGCCUCAUGCCUUAUUAUCCAGUUAGUUCAAGAGCAAACCAAAGAGCCAAGUAGGAAUCCUUUUCUCAAGAAGAAGCCAGCUGUGAUCUCUGAGCCAUCCCUCCUCCGAACUGUGCAACAGAUCCCAGGAGUUGGAAAAGUGAAAGCUCCCCUUCUGCUUCAGAAGUUCCCAAGUAUCCAGCAACUAAGUAAUGCCUCCAUCCAAGAACUGGAGCCAGUGGUUGGACCAGCAGUAGCACAGCACAUCCAUGCCUUCUUCACACAGCCCCGGUGACAGUCUUCUCAAGGCAUCUACUGUACGUUCUCCUUUACACCACAAAUUACAGGAUCAUGUAUUCAUCUCAUAUUUAAAAGGUAUCAAAGAUUUCCUCUCACAACAACUAGUGAAAGGUGAGGUGAGACCUGAAUAAAACCUGCCAGUUGUCCUACCCUGCUCUCUGGGUUUAGGCAUUUAACUUACUGGGUCUCUGAUGGCACUGCCCUCAUUCUGCUAGCAAGAAGGAGACUGGCAGGGAUCUUCGUAAGAGAGUCAGUUUACUUCGGAACUCUCAGAUUCAGCAAAAAGCCAGCCUGAGUAGCUUUUAAUGUGUGCCCUUGACCUAUGUCUAUCAGGGAAAGGUCUUACUAAGUUUCCAACCGUGGAUGUGGCCGUCUAAAGGAAACAAACCUACAAUGAGGCACUGUACACCAUAAGCCCCUUGUUUCUGGUGGCAGAGCUGCUAUUCUUCAGGUAUGGUCUUAAUACACUUAAGCUUUGAGGGCUGCUGCCAGUGUUAAUAAACAAUUGUCCUGCCUUUUUUCUUCCUUCCUUCCUCCCUCCCUCCUUCCUCCCUUCCCUUCCUGGUAGCUGUACAGUUUGUUUAUAAUCACUAGGCAUGUCUUCUGAACACAGAAAGCCUGGAGCCUAGAGUUCCUGUUUAAAGAUUAAAAAGCCAAGGUGUGUGAGGGAGGAAAACAAUGUGCUUAGAAAUGUACAGCCCAAUGGUGGGAAGAUAUACAGGAAUAUGGCAGGGCAGCUGCAUCCAGAGAGGAGAGCUGGGGGCUGGGGAUCAAAAGGUACAAUUGCCUAUUCAAAAAAUAAACACAGUUAAAGAUGCUAUAUGUUCUCAAAGAUACUAGGAUAACUUGAAAGUUCUUUAAGUCCAGUUUUGUGAAAUGUUAGUAAUUUUUAAAACAUCAAACACCAGAAAAGCAUUUUGUGCAUUAAGGUAGACACGAGGAGGGAAUUAAAGCAAAAUAAAAGCAGAACACAUUAA